GUAAACUGCGACAUACCUAUAUCUCAAGAUGGCAUCUGAAAAAACAAACGUCAAGAUUGUCUUUGGGGCUAUGACCAUUGGCAAGCCUGGCGUUGAACAAGCUCGUGUCCACACCCUUGAAGAAACCACCGCCAUCCUCGACGUUUUCCAGAAGCACGGCCACAAGGAAAUCGAUUCCGCUCGCUUCUAUGGCCAAGGUUCGUCUGAGGAAUACCUCGGGCAGGUGCAUUGGAAGGACAGAGGCCUAGUCAUGGAUACCAAGUACUACCCGACUAUUGGACGUGAUAUGACUGAAGAGCAGUGGACACAUAGCCCGGAACAUCUGCGCGAGAACCUCAUGCGCAGCCUGAAGGCGCUACAGACGGAUCACAUUGAUAUGUGGUACCUCCAUGGACCGGAUCGCACCACGCCGUAUGAGGUGACGCUUCGAGAAGUUGACAAGCUCCACCGCGAAGGCUACUUCGAGAAAUUUGCCAUCAGCAACUACAUGGCCUGGGAAGUGGCACAGAUAUGCGAGAUCUGUGAUCGGAAUGGGUGGAUCAAGCCGUCCGUGUAUCAGGGAAUUUACAACGCCAUCCAUCGUGCAGUGGAGCCGGAGCUCUUCCCGUGCCUUCGUCAUUACGGCAUGGCGUUUUACAAUUAUAAUCCCCUUGCUGGAGGAUUCCUCACGGACCGCUACCACAGAGAAACUGAGAAGGUUGAAGAAGGCUCACGCUUCGAUUCUAACAGAUGGCAGGGUCAAAGUUACAGGGUCCGAUACUGGAAUGACGCAUACUUCGAUGCCUUAGAUAUCAUCCGGCCGGUGGUGAAGAAGCACGGAAUAACUGAGGCAGAAGCCGCUUUGCGGUGGAUGACGCACCAUUCAUUGCUUAAACGUGAGCAUGGAGAUGCUGUUAUCAUUGGUGCAUCCAGCGCAAAACAACUGGAAGAGAACCUGGUAAAUUUGGAGAAGGGACCCCUUCCAGAGGACGUUGUCCAAGCAUUUGACGCUGCUUGGGAAAGAGUGAGGGCCCUCUCGUGGAAGUAUUGGCACUGAGUGCGGAGUCUGUGGAGUACCGUCUGACGGACUCUAUGCGUGUGUAGUCUUAGUAUGUCCAUUUCAAAGCCGGGGGGGCCUCUAGAAGGACACGGCUGCACACCCAUAUGAACAGAAACUUAUCCCCCCCGAGAUAGAAAGGUGAAGUAGAUAUACCAAU